CCUGAGGAACUGAAACAAGAGAAAGAAAGUGAGAGUGGAGCCUGAGAUGGCUCUUGGCAACGCUCAGUAGCACAUGCAACAAGUGGACCACACACUCCAGAGGAUAUAAGUGGACACCUCUCCUUUUUAUCUGCCUUUUUCUAGGAUUAUCCGGUGUGGCUAUUAAUUCCACGAGAGCUGUGGACGUCACAGCAAUCAGACCCAAGUAAAGAUGAGGUCCAAAAGCAGCGGGGUGGAGAGCCCAGCUGAUGGAGUGCUUGGGGUUCCCCAGGGGGAAAACGACAUCGGCCAGGAACAGGAAGUUGGUUUAACUGUGAAGAGCCUGAAGGCCAAAGUUCAGCAGCAGGAAGGAGAGGACGAGGUGGAAGUGAUCUCGGACAAGGAGAAGCUGCUGUUGGAUUCUAGUGAUGCUGGAGAAGGAAGAGGGAAACUCAUGGAUCUGUCCAAAGAAGAUCUAUUGAAACUGCUUGGAAUCAUGGAAGGAGAAGUUCAGGCCAGGGAAGAUGUUAUCUGCAUGCUGAAGUCUUAUCAAACUCCUCCGGAGGACGUUGAGUCCAGAUAUGGCUGUGCGGUUCCCGGCUCGCCCCUCAAAGCGCUUCAGAGGGACAGCUUCAUCACUGAUGAAAAGUCACACACCGGCAGUGUCUACCAAAAACCUAUGGCUGAGCUGGAUCGUCUGCAGGAGAAGCACAAGGAGACGUACCGACGGAUGCUGGGUCAGCUGCUCCUCGCUGAGAAGUGCCAUCGGCGCACAGUCCAUGAGCUGGACACAGAGAAACGCAAACACGCUGACUACAUGAACAAAAGUGACGACUUCACCAACCUGCUGGAGCAGGAAAGAGAAAGGCUUAAAAGGCUGCUUGAAAACGAGAAAGCUUACCAGAUAAAAAAGGAGAAGGAGCACUCCCAACGUCUGGCCAAGGUGAGAGAGGAGCUGGUCAAACUUAAGUCAUUCGCCUUGAUGUUGGUCAAUGAGCGCCAGCAGCACCUGGAGCAAAUUGACCAACAGAGUCAACGGGUCCAGGAGCUCAGCCAGCAGCUCCAGCAGCAGGAGCAGGGUCUGAAGGAAGCCAAGUCACAAGCUGGAGAAGACAACCAAAGGAUGCAGAGCCUUGAGGCUGAACUUAAGGAGAAAUCGAGUAAACUUACCCAACAACACGAAGAAUUGAGUGCUAAGAUGGCCACUCAGGAACUCCACAAUCGUCAACUCAACGCCAAACUUUUGGGACUCACACAAAAAGUGGAUGAGCUACAAGUAAGCAACAGGACCUUGAGGAAAUCCGAGGAGGAACUGCAGGAACUAAGAGUAAAGAUAAAUAAAGGCGAGUGUGGAAAUGCAAACUUGAUUGCUGAAUUGGAAAACUUGCGAAAGCGGGUACUUGAGAUGGAAGGAAAGGAUGAGGAAAUAACCAAGACAGAAAAUCAGUGUAAGGAGCUGAGGAAGAGGCUCGAAGGGGAGGAUAACAAGAGCAAAGACCUCAGACUGGAGGUAGAGAAACUCCAAAAAAGGAUGAUGGAGAUUGAGAAACUUGAGGAAGCCUUCAGUGUAAGCAAAGCUGAGUGUGCACAGUUACGCAGUGCUUUAGAAAGAGAGAAAGGCUUGACCAGUGAGCUUUCAGAUGAGGUUGUAGGCCUUAAGAUCCGUAUGAAAGAACUCGAUUCCUCUGAACUAAAGCUGGAAAAGUCGGAGCUGAGCCUCAAGGAUGACCUGAGUAAGCUGAAGUCCUUGACGGUAGCUUUGAUGGACGAGCGAAAGAACCUGGUGGAGAGAGUGAAGUCGGAUGAAAAGAAAAAGGACGAUCUGAGCAAGAUGGUCAAACUUGAGCAGGGUAAGGUUAUGGAGGUGACAGAGAAACUGAUAGAGGAAAGCAAAAAGCUCCUAAAAUUCAAAUCAGUGAUGGAAACCAAAGUAGAGACUUUAACAACCGACAAAGAGCAGCUCAGUACUAAGCUUGCUUAUGAAGUUGAGAAGGCUAAGGAUCUGAAUUCCAUAGUCAGUCAAAUGAAAAAGAAACUGGAUGUGUCUGAGCAAGCAGAAAGGUUUUCCGUGAGCAAUUCGCCGAUUUCUGAUCCGAGGAAAAUGUCUGACCCCCAAAGGAGAGAGGACAACAAAGUCAAAGAGCUGACAUUUGAAAUUGAGCGCCUGAGAAAGCGCCUCAAACAACUUGAAGUAGUAGAGGGAGAUUUGAUCAAAACAGAAGAUCAGUACGACAUGCUGGAAAAAAAGUUCAUAAGUGAACAGGACAAAGCAAAUGUUCUUUCCCAGCAGGUGGAGGAAAUGAAAAAUCAGAUAGCGCACAACAAAGCCAUUGAGAAAGGAGAAGAGGAAAGCCAUGAGGAAGACCUGCGACAACGUUGUAAGAGAGAGGAAGUCAAAACCAGAGAACUGCAAGCUGACGUGGUGGCCCUCAAGGAGAAGAUCCAUGAACUGAUGAACAAAGAGGAUCAGCUGUCUCAGCUCCAAAUGGAUUACUCCAUCCUACAGCAGAGAUUCUUGGAGGAAGAAGAGAAGGCCAAGAACAUGGGCACUGAAGUUUUCCAUCUUACCAAAGAACUUGAGAUAGCAAAGCGACAAAGUAGAGCGUUAAGGCCCAGCUUAAAUGGGAGAAGAAUGGUGGAUGUAGCUGUGACAUCCACAGCAGUACAGACAUUGUCCACUGGACCAGCAGAGGAAGAUACUCCAGCUGUGUUUAUCAGGAAGUCUGUCCAAGAGGAAAAUCACAUUAUGAAUAACAUCAGACAGAGAUGCCUGAAGAAACCCGAAAAAAGCAGCGCUGUUGAGCGAAGCCCUUCGUCGAGCAGUGACUUGGGUAUCAAGAAAUCUUGGAUUCCAUGGAUGAGGAAAAAGGAAAGCACUCCUCAAGAUACCAAUUUGGAAAAGGCUUCGCACAUAAAUGGAGAUCAUUUGCCAUCUGAACUAACCAUGCCUCAAAAAAAAGGGGAGCCUUUGCACAUCCGGCUAACACCUAAUCACCAAAACAGCGUGACCACACUUGAAAUCACCAGCCCAACUACUGAGGAUGUUUUCUCUAGCUCAGCUCCCCUUAGUCCCAACCCAUCUCAACCUAAAUCUAGAAUCACAAUCAUUCCUACCUACUCUGCGUCAACCCACCGUAGAAAGUCCCCCACUGGACCUCAGGGCCUUGAAAGGGCCAAAUCUCCAGUCACCAUCACAACCAUAGCUAGAGCCAAGUCUCCAGAAGGCAUCCGACCCGCUUCCUCUUCCUCAGGAAGACCCCUAUCCCCAGUUUCUCUAACAACAGUGAGCACUGUCGUAGUGUCUGGAGGAUCUGGCUCCCCCGAGCCCCAAGAGGUGACCAUGGGCCGGGCUGUGAUUAAAGUUACCCCUGAGAAGCAGAUGGUCCCAGUGGCUGUACGAAAGAGCCAUAACAAUGCCAACAUCAUCACAACUACAGACGAUAACAAGAUCCAUAUUCACCUUGGCAACAGCAUUGCCCCAAAGAUGGUAGUCAGACCAGUUGCGACUGUAAGUGAAAGCAAAGAAAUGACCCUCUCAACUGGGACAGUGCUUCGAUCUCCUCGGCAAAUCACCACCACUUCCACACGGACCUCGCAGAGCAAGGUGAUGAGUAGUAUUACGAUAUCGCCUAUUACAUCUACUCCUUCAAGACCUACCCAAAACGUGACCGGGCAGGAUACCCAGCCAAUGCGUACGGGGACGACCCGCAUCCCAAUGUCCAAGAACCUAAAGAUGGGAAAAACUGUACUGGGAUCCCUGGGGAUCUCAGGUGGAGUGAAGCUGGAGCGGGCUGAGAGUCAGUCCAUGAGGAUAGACGUUAAAAAAUCCUCCGUUAAUAGCACCACUUUACAUAAUGGAGGGAAAAUUUGACUGAUAUAAUGGUAUCACUGAUACUUUAAUAUGUCUAAGUGGGGCUUCACAGAGAGUCAUACAGACAUUUGGUAUGCGCCUAUGCAACUCUAAAAGAAAUGAUAAGAUGUCAGGUAAUUUCUUUUGUACUUUUUUUUUCUUCUUUGCAAAGUAAUAAUGCAUUCAGUUGUAUUAUCUGUAAAAUAUUUUCUACAUGUUUGUCACAAUUCUUUGGAGACACAAGCUUGAGUGUGUGUGUGUGUGUGCGUGUGUUUUCUUAAAGCGUGCAUUCUACUGGGCAUUGGAUUCAAUAUGGAUUUGUUUUUCAUCGGUCUGUGCUGCUACUAAUGUCUUCUUGCUUUGAGUGAUUUCACAUAAGAGGUCUGGCGAUAUGUUAAAUAGGGAGUCAUUGUUUUGUGUAAAUUAGGUUUUCUUUUUGUUGUAAAGGAUUUCUACUGAAAAAAUAUUUUAAUAAAUUUAAUAUCACA